AUGUUGAAUACGCGAGAGCAUGAAGGCCGGUUCAGCCGACUAAUUAAUCGUCGAAAGCCCCUCCAGUUAUUCAGUUUCCUUAAAUCCAAAGCUCAACAGCUCAGACAUUGGCGCGCAAAGCCCUUGGGAACAUCCCCCAUAUCUUCUCAGGAUUUCGCGGGUAACGGCCUGACGGUCGAGCAAAAUAUCAACUGGACUCGUAACACGAAGCACGACUUCACUUCUCUGAACGACGAUGAGGCGCACAAUAAACAACAAGGUAACGGCAGGCUAUUGAAGCCAACGGCUAGCCACCAGUAUUCUAUGAAGAACGUCUACGAGCUCAUCAAGUUGGCUGGAUUGAAACCGGUUUCCAUCCAAGGUUGCAUCGGCACUACAUCUCCUAAAGAUGCCUACUUCUUGGACUUCGAGCUUGUUUUCGGGCCUGGCUUUCCAAGAGACAAGAUAUACUGCUACAGAGCUAGGGCCCCUAUCCAAGGCAACGCUUCGAGAGGCCCAGACAAUGGAUUCAGACGUGACCCUACUCGGCAAGUGGGCAGCCUGUGGUCUCAAGAAGAAGAGCCUCUGAAACGGAAACCGCGGCAUCUUGCUUGUCCAUUUCUUCUACAGGACCCUAUAACCUACGAAAGCCGUCAAGGAUGUCGCGGUGCCGCAUUCCCCGAUCCAUCAAGACUCAAGUACGCAGUCACCGCAUAA